GAAAGUGUCAUAAACGUCAAAAUCGUCCACCAUGAUUUGACAACUUUGUUUUUUUGUUCAUAUCGCAAAUAUUGCCGACUGCUCUUGUUUGUACCGUAAAAUUUAGAAACAAUAGUGAUACCAAUGGCUAUACCAGAAUAUAAACUUAGUGCUGUAUUAUGUGGUCACUCUUUGGAUGUACGAUGUGUCUCUACGACAAAAGAAAACUGUAUAUUAUCAGCUUCUCGUGAUAGGACUGCAAAGCUAUGGCACCCGGAAGGGAUCAAGGAUUUCGUGAACGUAGUGACGUACAAAGGUCACAAAAACUUUGUCUCGUGCGUUUGUUGGUUACCACCCUGCGAAGCGUAUCCUGAGGGUUUAGUGAUAACGGGGAGUAACGACAACACCAUUCUUGGGUAUAACCUGCAAGAUGCGAUGAUCCAGAUCACGCUGGAAGGCCACGAGAACGCUGUGUGCAGUGUGGCACCUGGUAGAGACUCAGGAAUACUUCUAAGCUUCAGUCAACCAAACAACACAAAGUUUCAAGUGUUCUGGGCCCUGUGGAUCGACGCGCUACGCCCGCGCGCCCAUUUGGUUGGAGCCACAUUUUGUCCGUUGUGA